UUACUGGUGAGAAAGUCCAGUAGUAGUAGUUCAAAGCGUGACUGGGAGAGACGCACCCACACAGUGCAGCGCAAAUUCUAUUCAAAUUUUUUUUCGGUUCUUGUUCUUUUGAAUUUCAAUCUUCAAUCAACUGCUAAGACUGGACCAACUGAUUUCUUUCUUAUUUGAAAACUGAAAUUUGGCAUGACCUAUGCGGGCCAGGCAAAGGUGCGGGUGUAACCACUGAGACAGCUGGGGGAGAGGGAGGGGAAAGGUGAUAUUGACCCACCCUAGCCCCCUGCAUUCCUGUUGGGGAAGAUGGGGGAGACUGAAGAGGAGAGGGAUCAGGCAGGGAAGAUGUUUGAGAAAUUCAUUCAGGCCUCCACCUGUAAGGGCACCAUGCAGUCCUUCAACAUCCUGUGCAGACAGCUGGAUCUAGACCCUCAGGAACAUGGAACGUUCUACAGCAGCCUGAAGACCAGGCUCACAUCGUGGAAGGCCAAGGCCCUCUGGACCAAGCUUGACAAGAGAACCUGCCACAAGGAUUACAAGAAAGGCCAGGCCUGUGUGGGCACCAAGUGCCUGAUCAUUGGGGGAGGCCCUUGUGGUUUGCGGACGGCUAUUGAACUGGCUCUGCUGGGGGCUAAGGUGGUGGUUAUUGAGAAGAGGGACACCUUCUCCAGAAACAACGUUCUACACCUGUGGCCUUACACCAUCCACGACCUCAGGGGCCUCGGGGCCAAGAAGUUCUAUGGCAAAUUCUGUGCGGGAGCCAUAGACCACAUCAGUAUUCGUCAGCUCCAGCUCAUGCUGCUGAAGAUUGCCCUGCUCGUAGCUGUGGAGUUCCAUGUCAAUGUUGAGUUUGUCAAGCUGUUGGAACCUUCAGAUCAGCAGGAGAAUGACGGGCCUGGCUGGAGGGCUGAGGUCAGGCCUGCUGAUCACCCCCUGGCUGACUUUGAAUUUGAUGUAGUGGUCGGGGCUGACGGGAGAAGGAAUACUCUAGAAGGAUUCAAAAGGAAGGAGUUCCGUGGUAAACUGGCCAUUGCCAUCACAGCCAACUUUGUGAAUAGGAACACCACAGCCGAGGCCAAGGUGGAGGAGAUCAGUGGUGUUGCCUUCAUAUUUAACCAGAAGUUCUUCCUGGAGCUCAAAGAGGAGACAGGUAUUGACCUGGAGAACAUUGUGUACUACAAGGACAACACACACUACUUUGUCAUGACAGCAAAGAAGCAAAGCCUACUGGACAAGGGAGUCAUCGUUCAUGACUACACUGACUCUGAGAUCCUGCUGAGCAGUGAAAAUGUGAACCAGGAAGCUCUGUUGGGGUAUGCUCGUGAGGCUGCUGACUUUGGCACCAACUACCAGCUGCCUACCCUGGAAUUUGCCAUGAAUGCCUGUGGCCAGCCGGACGUGGCCAUGUUUGACUUCACAAGCAUGUACGCAUCCGAGAAUGCAGCGCUGAUUAGGGAACGUUUUGGACGCCAGCUAUUGGUGGCCCUUGUUGGGGACAGCUUGCUAGAGCCGUUCUGGCCCAUGGGUACAGGGUGUGCAAGAGGCUUUCUUGCUGCCUUUGACACAGCCUGGAUGGUGAAAAGGUGGGCUGAGGGCAAGACUCCUUUGGAGGUGCUAGCUGAGAGGGAGAGUCUUUAUAGAAUUCUUCCCCAGACCACACCUGAAAACAUAGCAAAAAACUUUGAGCAGUACACCAUAGACCCGGCGACUCGGUAUCCCAAUCUCAUCUCCACAUGUGUCAGACUAAACCAGGUGCGUCAUCUGUAUAUUAAUGGAGAGCUGCCAGUGAAGUCCUGCUCUCUAGAGCGUAAUACUACUAUACGUCGCCCUGUGAACCUGGCCAGACAAGAGUCAGAGAUCAGGCCGGGCAGACUGCUGACGUGGUGCCAGAAACAGACAGAAGGCUACAGGAACGUAAGAGUCACAGACUUGACCACCUCCUGGCAGAGUGGCCUGGCCUUCUGUGCCCUUAUCCAUCGCUUCAGAGCCCACCUCAUAGAGUUUGAUACACUUAAUGAGGAGGAGUCGGCUAGCAACCUCCAGCUGGCCUUUGACUUGGCUGAGCAGGAAUUUGGUAUCCGGCCCUUCACCACUGGAAAGGAGAUGGCUGCUGGGCAGGAACCAAACAAGACCAGCAUGAUUAUCUACCUUUCCAAGUUCUAUGAGCUGUUCCGCGGCACCCCGCUGCCCCCCUCAGAUUCUAAAGGGGCAGAUGAAAACAAUGGCCGCGCUUCAAAGGCAGUUAGAGGUAUGAACAAAGUGCUGAACUUGGCGCCAAGAAAAAGAGUACCAAAGAACGAGAAGCAGGUAGAAGACACUGAUCCGACAUACAAAAGGAGACGAAAAGUCUGCAGUUAUUUGGAAGAGGCAACCAACUUCUCUGGUCAGAGUUCAACCUGUGUGGGUGAGGGCGGAGAGGUGAAAGAGAACAAGGUCCGCUCCAUGGCCUCCCAGCUCUUGGCAAAGUUUGAGGAGAGCACUCCAAGUUGCACCUCCCGGAGACAGUCUGAAUCUUACUGUGAGUGGGGCUCUAGCAGGGCCCUUCGGCCAGGCUCCAUGGACAUGACUGAGACCCCAUGCUUCACCAACCUCAGGCAACAGAAACAACCCACCCCCUCCCCCAAGAGACAGUUUCAGUCUGCAACCUGUGUCAAAUAUGCAGCCGAGUGUGCCGUUCGGCCCCCACCCCGGCCUCCACCCGAACCUAAGCUCUCGGCCGGGCUCCAAGCCCGGCUUCUUCGCCCGGUCCAGCCCCAACACCAGCUCCAGCCCAAACCCAGACUUGAACCCCUGCCCAGCCCAAAACAAACCCUCCAGAGGAUCAGACAGGCUGAUCUGGCACGUAUUCAGACACAGCCUCAGUCUCAACCCCAGCAGCCAGCGAGCACAGACUCCGCUGGCUCCUCUCCUUCACUCCACACGGCAGUCAUAGCCAUGUCGAGGAUGCUCCACCGCCUCCAGGAGGUGGAUGAAAUGAUCACCCAGAAGAAAGCUCAGACCCAGAAUGCUAGAGAGUUUCACAAUAAAAGUAUCAAGGAGAAAGCAGUCCACCUGGGAGCACUGUUCUCUGGGGAUUUGACCUCUACGUCCCAGAUCAAUAAAUCUCAGGCACUAGAUAUGCUCCUAUGUAAGAAGCAAACUGUGGGGAAGGUGUCUCUGGCCAUAGGAGCCAGGGCCCUUUAUGAGACUAACCACCAGCCUCAGUCCCCAGCAUCUCCUCCUCCUUUUCUGGGCCCCAUGCGGAGGGAGUUUUCUGGAUCCGGUGACAAAUGUCACUCAUGUCAGAAGCGUGUGUACGUGGUGGAACGGAUCAGUGCAGAGGGACUUUAUUUCCACCGGGAGUGCUUUCGCUGUGACACCUGUGGUUCCGCCCUGCGUCAGGGAUGCCACGCCUUCGACUCUGAGCUGGGCAAGUUGUACUGCAAGCUCCACUUUCAUCAACAAAAAAAUGGAGUGAACCAUCGGAAGACAUUCCAUUCAUAUUUGGGACAGAAUGGACCCGGGGUUCAGGAAGGACCCGGGGCACCGACUCCCAACGGCGACACGACACACGGGCCGCCAAGCCAGUCACCAGGUACCUUCAGUUCCCGCCUGAGGAAAAGCCUGAGCUGGCCCCUAAGUGUGACCCAGGCUGUAUGUGACAGCCCCCGCCGCCUGUGUCACUGGGUGCAUGGUACAGCCCAGGCUGUGGGUUUCCACCUCAGGGCCAACGCCCAGGACUAUGCCUUCCUGUAUGAGCUGCUGAGUCUGGGAGUUCCCCUUCUGGUCGUGCUUCAGGAGCUGCUGCUGCAGAUGUACUCUGAGGCUGUGCCCGUCUCUCAGUCCAUACAGCCCUUUCUGCUAUGGCUGGAGGAACAUCUGGGCCACAGACUCUUGUAGAGACAGGGCGGGGAGCCUAAACCUCUAACCCACGUGCAAUAGGCUCUGCGGCAUGGCUGAACAUUAACUGAAAUAUCUUGUGUUUGCGCCACGCGAUACGAUGACGGGCUGCCGUCUGACCAUGUGGAAAAGCACCUUGUUAAUAUUUUCUCAUUCAUAAAAAGAAUGUGGAGCUGUCUGUGCAUUAGAUCUAUUCCUAAACCAAGCUGCGGCUGUAAUACAUCUUUCAUGAAGUAGGUUGUUUAUUGUGAGGGAUGGUGUGCUGUACACAGUCCCUGGUCAACAUCAUUUACAACCUUGUUCUGAUGAGACUGCUGAAUCAGCCAACCUAUAAUGCUGUAGAGUUGGGUCUUUCAACAUCUGGCUGUGUUAAAAUGUAGCCAGUUUUUAAAUGGUUUAACUCAGGUUACAACUGAUUUCUUUCGUGGAAAAAGUGAUCUAAAAGAAUGACUGAUUUGAAGCACUUUAACCCUAAAGAGUUGACUUUGCCUGUGGCUGACACCUGAUGAAAGGUGUGGGAGUUAAUAUUUGCCUAAUCGUUGUCCAGGCGCUGAAUACUGACUAGUGCUGACACUGCACGUUUACUAAACCCUGCUGAGCUCACAGAUCACAGUCGGGGGCAUAAGUGGAUCUGUGCUCGACAAGAUCUUUUCUUUAUUUUUUCAGUAUUGUUUGACACAUACGUUUACAUUUUGAAUGUUUUUAUUGUAAGAAUUAGUAUUAUGACAAAGUGUACCUUUGCUACACGUUAUUCAAUUUACAUUGUUUAAUUUUAUGGCUCAGUGCUUCCAGUAUUUUUGUGCAUUGUCCAGCGUACAUGAACUGGGGAGAUAUUUCAUGGCUUUGGGCUUUGGUUUAGUUCUCCGGAACAUGGCCACUUUUAUGGGCACUCAUUACUGCCACCUAUUGGAAAAAGACAGAUGCCAAAUCCAAAUUACUGUAUAGGGUGGGACAGAGACAACCCUCUGAAGUGUAGUUUUUGAAAUAUUUUUUAUUUUGUACAUUGUUGUAUUACUGACGAUGUAGAGAUUAUUGUUCAGGAGGACAGCAUUUUCCAUGUUAACACUUUGAUAACAGCUUUGUGUAAAUGCAGUGGUGUGUAUAUGGUUGCCACUAAUCUCACUGUUCAUAAUCUUGUGUGAUCAGAUUGCAUUACCGCCAAUACAUACUCCAAACAUUCAGUUGUUGGUCUAUGAGAAGUGUUUUAUCAAUAACUAGACAUUACACUGUAUGCUAAAUGUUGUGGUGAUGAACGGCACAUGGUCAUGUUUUCUCAAUGCCUUUUCUUCAACUGUAACUUGUUUUUCUGCACAUUUUAACAAUAUUUCGACUUUUAUCUUCAUUUUAACCUACUGAAUUUCCUUCCUUUCAUCUGUCCCCUUGUUCACUAAGUCAAUUUUCAACUUUCUGAUGAUGAGCCUCCUGAUUGAUUAGGGGACCUGCCAUUCUAAAGGUGAUCACCUGAAUGCUAAUACAGCUCUGUGAAUCAUUAUUUUAAUUAGUUGUUGCCUGGUCAGAUUCAAUUUGUGUUCUGAUGUCCAAGCAAAACCAUUGUUUCAACAAAUAUGUGUUUUUGGAGAAAGUUUGGGUUGAUUAAAACCAUAAUGUAUAAAUGCACAGUUUCUAAGAGGUGUUUCAGUGUCAGCAUGCAUAACAAAAUUACUAUGGGUGUUUGUGGUGUUUUGAUCUUCUUAAUUGCAUGAUAAAAGAUUGAGAUCUGUCAUGUAAAUGCAUGCUGACUUUUAUCCCAUCUGUGGCCAUCUUUCUUUUUUACUCUCUUCUUCUUUCUGCCAGAAGCUGCCUCCCAGGGGAACUUCCUGUUGACCCACACAAACAAAGAGAAUAACUCUCCCAACAGGUUCAUGCAUGUUGCCUGGAAUGAGUGAAUUGAAAACUCUACCAUGGGUGUUUACUAAAGCCUGUUAAUUCUUAUGGAGAUUUUGUAUUGCUUUAUGUAAGACCUACAGAAACAAAUGUAAAUAAAUUAACUUAGUGAUUUGUCA